AUGAGUGAAAUUUUUAAGGAAAAAGCUCUUACAGAAACUACAUAAGGGAGAAGAUACAAAGAUCUUAAAAGUAAUUGCAAUUAAAAAAUAUCUAGUUAACGUUAAUGAAAAAUAUUUGAUCUUUCUAAAAUGUAAAAAUAGCUUGAAUUAGAGAUAGCUACAAUAAAAGAUUGAAGGCAUCUUAUUUUAGCAAAAAUAAUAGAUAGCUUUAAUCUACCUCUUAAAAAUAUGUUAAAAAAAAACAUAAUAAAGUUAUGAUUUUAGAAAGGUGUNUCAAUUACAAUUAAAUUUAACACUGCAAAACUUCGAAAUUAAAAACGAAUUAAAUUAAUAUUUUAUGAUUCUAUUUUCAGCCAUUUCAAAAGGAUCCCUGAUUUUAUGUGAAUAUACUGAAUCAAAUGAAGAUUUCUCUUCAUUAAUUAUGAAAUAGCUCAAAUUCAUUAAAAAUAAAGAAGAGAAACAACAAUUCGAAAUUGUAUUUUCAAUUCUUUAUUUGAACCUAGAACUAAUAUAUUAUGUAUUUACUUCAAAGAAACCAAUAUAAUUUUAUGUGCAUGAUGCAAAUCACUGAAAAAAAUAAACUUUAAGAUUAGCAGACAUUUGCAUAUAGUUUUCUAAAAGACAUUUCUGAAAAAUUUUUAUAAGUGGCUUAAUGUAAGUUUUGAAAUUAACAGGAGCUUAAGAAGACAAGGGUCAAUUCACAAAAGUUAUUGCAGAAAUAAUGAGUUAAUAUAAUUCAAAAAUUGAAAACAAUGCUGACCAAUAGAAAGUAAAUAUUUAAGAGUAUAUAAAAAUAUAUUUUUUUUUAUAGAAUACAAAACCAAUAAUUAUUCAAUACAUAAGUUUCUCAGGAAAUUUAAAUCAAUGAAAUAAAAGACAAAUACGGUUAUAGUGUAAAUACUUGUAAAUCAAUCUUUUUUGUUAUUAACCUAUUUCUUGCUGGAAUCCUUGUUGAAUUGUUUACUAAAUUUGAUAAAUAUUUAUGA